UAGUAACGUAGUAGUUUAUCCAUUUGGAAAGGGUGAGGGUGAGGGUGAGGGGAAUGGAAUGCUGUUUUCUCGGUAUUUCAAUCUCCAUCGUCCACACCAUCUACUCCGUGUUUAUAUAAACCACUUGGAGAGAGAGAGAUAUAGAGAGAAUUAAUGUGUGUGUGUGUGUGUGAGUGUUGACCCUUUCCCUCUCCCUCCUUUCCUUACCUUACCUUACAGCUCACAUGAAAUAGGUGAAUUCUAACUGAUAACACAUAAAUUAUUAUUGGGGAAAAGCAUUCAAAAAAUCUCUGUAAUCUUCAUCGCGAUUUUUGUUUUGUUUUUCCUCUUCUUCACCGCAGCAAUGGAUGCCUACUGCUCCGACUGCAAGAAGAGCACCGAGGUGGUGUUCGAUCACUCCGCCGGCGAUAUGGUUUGUUCUGAAUGCGGCCUCGUUCUCGAGUCCCACUCCGUCGAUGAGACCUCCGAGUGGAGAACUUUCGCCAACGAGUCCGGAGAUAACGAUCCCAAUCGAGUUGGUGGCCCCAGCAAUCCCCUCCUCACCGACGGUGGCCUCUCCACUGUCAUCUCCAAGCCCAAUGGAACCACCAGCGACUUCUUGACCUCCUCUCUCGGCCGCUGGCAGAAUCGCGGCUCCAAUCCUGACCGUUCCCUCAUUCUCGCCUUCAAAACCAUCGGCACUAUGUCUGACAGAUUGGGCCUGGUUGCCACUAUAAAGGAUCGUGCUAAUGAGAUUUACAAGAAGGUAGAAGAUCAGAAAUCUAGUAGAGGAAGAAACCAGGAUGCUAUCCUAGCUGCCUGCCUAUACAUCGCUUGUAGACAGGAGGACAAGCCCCGCACUGUAAAGGAAAUAUGCUCUGUUGCCAAUGGUGCAACCAAGAAGGAGAUUGGCCGAGCAAAGGAAUACAUAGUGAAACAACUAGAGCUCGAGAUGGGUCAAUCUGUGGAUAUGGGCACUAUACAUGCUGGGGAUUUCAUGCGACGGUUUUGUUCGAACCUUGGAAUGGCAAAUCAAGCUGUUAAAGCUGCCCAAGAAGCUGUCAAAAAAUCAGAAGAGUUUGACAUAAGGAGGAGUCCCAUAUCUAUUGCAGCAGCUGUUAUAUACAUUGUUACUCAGCUUUCAGAUGAUAAAAAGCCUGUCAAAGAUGUAUCACUGGCUACAGGAGUAGCAGAAGGGACAAUUAGGAAUUCCUUCAAGGAUCUGUACCCGCAUCUCUCAAAGAUAGUGCCAAAUUGGUAUGCUCAAGAACAGGACUUGAAAAACCUCAACAGCCCUUGACAUCAAAACACCGAUAGCAAUUAAGCAAGCCAGUCAUCUUCAAAUUAUUUCUGAGGACCUCCAUGACAGAUUCAAUGACAAAUACUUCCUUAUUUUGUAACGAAACUGAUAAAUUCUGAACAGUUAGAAUUUUCAGGUUUUGAUCUUUGAAGUUGGAGCAAAUUACAAGUUUUUUCUUUUGCUCAUAUCUUUGUUAUAUAGAUGGUUAUUAUUGCUUCACCUAAAUUUUUAAUGGUACAUGAAUCUGACAAAUCAUUUUUAUCA